GGGUUAAGUUGUCCUGUACCAUUGAAGAGUUUAAGCAGUUUGAUUUUUUUCUCUCGAAGUUCAUGACAGUUGCAGGAGAGUUCUUCCUGCCCUUAGAACGGCAAAGAUUUGGUCUAGUUUCUAAUAGAUCUCUGCUUUCAUCUCUGGAUAUUGGAGAUUCUGGUUCAUGGUUUGCAAUGGUUUACUUUGCUGGAUGUCCCUCUUGUUCAAAGAUUCUGAAGGAAGGGGAUGACCUCCGUAGUGUUUUACAGACGCAAAAUUCACUUGUUGCAGAGUUGGAAGAUGAUGGGCAUGAUACUGAGCCUACUUUACCUUCGAGUGAGCCAUCAGUUGUUCUUUUUGUGGAUAGAUCAUCCGAUUCAUCAAGAAUUAGACGAAAGAGUAAGGCAGCUCUGAAUGCUUUUAGAGAAUUAGCACUGGACUAUCAGAUAUCAUUUCAAAUGGGCGGACAAAGUGACAAUAAGCCUGGUAAACCCUCUCUCCAAGUUUAUCAUGCAUCAGGGAGUAAAUUUGGACAUCCUAAGUUAUCGGUAUCUCCAACAAGUCAAGAGAUGAAAGCAAAGGAUAAGAUAUCUGUCAUGGUUAUAAAUAAGGGUAAACGUUUGGAUAGCAUAACUUCAGAUUUACAAGGUAGUUCCUUGAGUGAGAUCUUGGGAUACUUGCUUCAGCAUAAGAAAAAGGCAAAAUUAAGCUCACUCGCGAAGGAGGUAGGAUUCCAACUUCUAUCUGAUGACUUUGAUGUCAAAAUAGCUGAUACAUCAACAUCACAGGCUGAACCUCAGUCUAGUCAAGUUUCACCAGAACUGUCUGUGGAAGGCCUUGUUGAAAAUAGUGCUGAUUUGGACAAGGAUCAGUCACUAUAUACUGCAGGCAUAUCUGCUGUGAACAUGGCUGAAGAAUCUAAACCUACUGUUGUUGAACCUUCUUCUGAGCAUGGCAAAGAGAGGACAACUCAUGUUGUUACAAGCACACAGUCACCAUCUAUAGAACCUGCCCAAUUUCUUGCAAGUCAUGAACUUGCAAUAACUGAAGAUCUGAAGGUGGAAGAAAAAGGUUUUUCACAGUUAGACCAAUUAGGGAAACAACAGAAAUACUCUCAGGGUUUUAAAGGUUCCUUUUUCUUUUCUGAUGGUGGCUACAGGUUACUUAGAGCUCUAACUUCUGGUUCAAAGAUUCCAUCAGCAGUAAUAAUUGAUCCUAUUUUACAGCAGCAUUAUGUUUUUCCAGAAAAUAAAGUGUUUAGUUAUUCUUCACUGGCUACUUUUCUUGAUGGUUUUUGUAAUGGAAGCCUUCUUCCAUAUCAACACUCUGAUUCUGUUGUUCUAAGCCUAGGGAGGCCCCACGUCCACCAUUUGUUAAUCUAG